AUGGCACUUCCACCAGAUCCGGGACUUGCUUACCCUCCAGAGACGCUCCCUGUACAAUAUGCAGGUCCUGGCACCCAUACCACUGUCUCUUCGGAGCAUGUUAUUCCAAACCCGCGUUCGAGGCCUCCCAAUAUCUUGCAACCCCUUAUGACACGGCCAGUUCCUGGGACGGUACCAGACUCCUUCAGCCCUCGGUCUCCUACAGGUGAGGAGCUCAAGAAAACGCUUAUCCCCACGCAACAUAGGAAGAAGCUCCAGGAGGCAGAACCUAUCAAUCCAGAUUACUACUAUGGAUUGCCACCGCCCAAGCCAAAGGCUUGGGGUCCCAUAGACCAGAAAAGCGGCCAGCCCAUGUUCAAGUACACCGAUGAAGGUGAGCUUGAUUGGGAACCUCUAUCCAGAGAUAGAAUUCGGGAGUACCUCUAUGACAUACCAAGCAAGUCAACCCGUGAAUGGAAAAAGAGAGUACCACUCGACGGAGAACGCAUGGUGGAAGGUAAGCGUCGGUCGGGCCUCACCCUGUGGAUUGGCUGGAUGCCAGCACAGUCAACGUCUCGUUUCCCCAACGACAAUCGCAGAGCCUGCCGCUUCGAAGAUUGUGCCUGUGAGAAAAAGUCGAUCAAGGCCGGCCAGCUUCGCGUCAUCUUUGAUGAACGGAUGAACGAAGACGGGUCGAAAUACAAUCCCUACCACUGCGCUGGGUACGUUCACCUUUACUGCCUUGAGAAACACUUUGAUAUCCUGAAGCUCAUGAGGGACCUUGACGUGCGUCUAGAUGUCAGAGAAUUUGUGAAAGAGGCGGCCAAUCCAGGCAGUCUGAUCUACAGAGAUUCGGGACAACAAGCCGUCGCUCUACAAUGGCUGAACGAGCAAUGGCCUUACUUGCAACAGCACGAGGAUAGAGUUGCCAACAAAAGGGCCAGGGUUGCAGGGGGCGCUCUAGGUAGGAAGGAACGAGAGCGCCCUCGCCAUUUCGACGAUUCUCUGACCAAGCGUCUCACGAUUCGAUGGACGCGUAAUUACAGCACACCCGGGAAGAAAGCGCGCGAGAAGCGCCGCGAGACAGCGCAGGAGGGGAGGGAGCCAUGCGACGCCGAAAUGCACAUGGGAAACCUGGAAUAUUACGAUGCUUGUAUGAUCAACAAGCGCCACUUGAGAAAUAACCAAGAGUGUGCUUCCGCGUCUGAGCUUGCGUACAGUGGUACGCACCCGUAUGCUUGGCAUGUAGACCCCUUGCAAAUCCCAGACUUUUACGUGUACGAUAUGUUCACAUCAGGAUUCGUCCCAGGACUACAAGAGCGGCUAGGGCCCCAGCAGUCUGCGCGGCCUCUCCCAGCACUGCACCAUGCUGAGUAUUACACAGCCCCGUACGCUGAGCAGUAUCCGCCAGUGCUGAACGAGCAGUCGCAUCCGGUUUUUCAGGACGAAUUGCUUCUACGCAGCCCGGCCCCCGAGACGUUUCACACGUCGAAACGAAAGAGCGUUGACGCAGGCCACGAUGUGGCAACCAUCUACGAACCCGAACGAAGGGGUUCUAAAAGGCAAUGUAUCAGGAACCAGGACCCAUAUACAGCUACACAGCUGUCAUCGCAAUUAGUCGUGCCUCCUUACUCAGACGAAGCCGCAGGCACGAUCAACCCGUUGCUCAUCAACCAAUCCCAGUCUGAACACGUACCAAGCGAUUUCGCUGUAGCGAUGCCGCAAGUGACGCCCUUGGGGCUGCCUCCAAAGCGAAGUCACGAUGAUAUGCUGAAUCUACAGUACGACGAGCUUGCCUAUGAUACACAGGCUUAUCAAGUGGACCCGCCUGGACCGAAGAGGGUGCGAUUUGAGGGGAUUAACGAGCUCUUGCCAGAGAUCACCCCUUUCCUGGGCGAGUGCUUUGACCCAGGGCUCGUGAUCCCGAACGGCCUUCCGAAUGAGUACUCCAACGGCGACCAGUGGGGGCAGCAUUGUCCUUACUCAGGCGCAUCUGCUGUCCCGGCGCUGGACGCUUCCAAUUCUCUUCCCCCAAUUGCAUCGGUCGUCGGUCUCGAUGUGCUUGACCAGAUGCCAUCGGACAGUUACACCGACGAUUUCAGCACGUACGGCCAGGGGACGUGGGACGUCUCUACCGCGGAUGGACAAACAGUACUUGACCCGGCAGAUCACCAAAAUAUUGACGAGUAUCUUGCCCAAGCGCUACAGCACGACCAAGGCCAAGGUGAGCAGCGGCCCCCUUCUCCUCUCCCUCCUCCUCCUUCCUCUCCUGUUCCUCCCCCUGCCGCCGCAGCGGUCGAGCCUGCUACUCCCGCUAUAAAGCAGGAGCCUCGCGAUGAUCAAGACCAGAAUGGCAUUGCGAUGGUUGAGCCCUUCACUUCCGCUAUCAACCAGGGGCGCGAUGGUGAUGAAGACCAGGACAGUGCAGCGAUCGCGCCGCCCCGGCGCGCGAGGUCUGUGUGA